AUGUCUCUCAAAAACGACGCCUUCCCCUCCUCUAGCGCCUUCGACGCCAUCGCAUCCUCGCUCUCCUCCCCCACUGAGCGCGCCGACGCCAUCAAACAAGGCAACGCAAUCUUUGCAUUUACGCUCAAGAAUUCGGCAGGGGAAACGGCAGAUUGGCAUAUCGAUCUCAAGCACGAAGGGAAGGUGGGGACGGGGCUGAGUGAUAAGCCGUCGGUCACGCUGUCUAUGAGUGAUGCGGAUUUUGGAAAACUGGUCGCGGGUAAGGCGAAUGCGCAAAGGCUUUUUAUGGGGGGGAAGUUGAAGGUUAGGGGGGAUGUUAUGAUGGCGACGAGGUUGGAGGGGUUUUUGAAAAAGGUGCAGGGAGUGAAGGCGAAGUUGUAG